AUUUUCUACCAAAACACGCAAACUGCAGUAGUUAUUUAAUAAUUUCUAAAAUUAUUUAAAGAAAAACCAUGCAAAAUUGUAAACAACUCCUAACAUUGGCCAUUAAAAGCCAACAACGUACCAUUUCAACAACAGCACCAUUGGAGGGAAAACGAAAUUUCCGCAAAUUCUUGACGUUCAACAAACGAGGCACGAGGGUGGUUAAAGAGGCGCAACGCACUCAGCUCCAACCAGCGGUGCCUGUUCAUAAAAGAGGUGUACGCGAUACUGGUAUGAUAGUUAAUGGCAAAUAUGUAGAAAUACCAGAAAAGAUACCCGAACUUAUAGUGCCCAAUUUGGAUGAGUGUAAAUUGAAGCCUUAUGUAUCUUACAAGGCAGCCGAAGUCAUACAAUCGGAAUUCACUAGCUUGGAUUUGUUUAAUGCAGUGUAUUCCCAAAAAGUUAUACAAGAUUUUAAGGAAGGUAAACUAAAGGAAGAUGGCGCAGCAGUGGAGGCUUCAGAAAACGAACUGUUAACGGCAGAACAGGCAUUGCAGAGAGCCCGUAAAACCGGCUCAGAUAUGUUUUAAAUGUUAAGCUUGUUGUUGAUGUUCUCAAAGAAUAUAUUAAAUAUAAUUUAAAAAAAUAAAAUAAAUAACUUACCAAAUCCUUUUAGAAAGUAUAAAA